UUCUCGAAUAACUAUUUGUUUAGCGUGGACCGCGAAAUAAUCAGCGAACUAGAUGUAAUUCGGUGGAUUUAAAUUCCAACACUGUGUUGAGAUGACAACUUUUUGAAACAUGUGCUGAAAAAGAAGGUUUGGUCCCGCUUUGUUGGGGAAAUGUGACGAAAUGUGGAACCCUUUUGUGGAAAAUAAUGGAAUGAUUUGAUCAAGACCGUGAUACAGCUGCUCAUUAAGGUGCUCGAAGCCAAGUUGUCUCUGGAAAGAUUAACAUCGAAGUUUAACCAUGGCAAAAGAUCAGGAAUUACUUCAGGCGGUAAAAGCAAACGAUCUUAACGCAUUCAGGAAGAUAGCAGCGAAAAUAAAAGCGGCCAAAUCAAAAAAAGGUGGCAAGAAAUACAGUGUAAAUAUUCAAGAUGAAGAAGGAUUCACACCCACUCACCACGCAUGUCUUAUAGGCAGCAGUGAAAUUGUCAUAGCACUCAUUGAGUUGGAAUGUGAUGUCAAUGCCAAAGAUAAGAAAGGAAUGACUCCCUUGCAUUUAGCUGCCUGGUCAGGAAAAGUGGAAGUAGCAAGGUUGUUGUUAGAGGCUGGAGCAGAAGUCAACAGUUGUUCACAAAAUGGAGACACACCUCUUAUUUUAGCCUGUCAGCAUGGAAACUCUGAUGUGGCUGAUGUGCUUUUAGACAGGAACUGUAGUACAAUGACAGUUAAUAACAAUGGAGAGGCAGCUUUGGACCUUGCCUGCAGAUUUGGACAUGUUCAUGUUGUUGAACUGUUGCUUAACACCAAAGAGGUGAGGAGUGCAUUGGCCACUGGUGCAGUGCGUAAAACUGAUCCACCAUUGCAUGCAGCUUCAAAGACAGGUCACGUAGAAAUAGUCAGAAUGUUAUUAGAAGCUGAUGCAGAUAUCAAUCAAGUUACCAGUAAUGGUUCAUGCUUACAUGAAGCAGCUCUCUAUGGUAAAACAGAUGUGGUCAACAUGCUCCUUGAUUGGGGUAUCAAUGCAGAUAUACGAAAUGAUGAAGGACACACGGCACUUGAUAUGGUUAAUCUUUUCACGAGUUCAAAAGCAUCAACAGCAAUUAAAAAACUGUUAAAAGACGCAGCUUCUGCAGAUAGCACUGUGUAUGCCAAAGCCGUCAGGGAUCAUUUCAACGUGAUGGAUUCUACAGCUCUUCCGUUCAAGACUGGAGAAACAAUCAUCGUGCUUGAACAAAACCAGAAUGACCGAUGGAAAGGGAAAAUAAAGAGUGGAGAUAGGGAAAAUAUUGGAUACUUCCCUGCUAACUUUGUGAGGAUUACUGCCCUAAGAAGAGGCUCCAAUGCCAAGAAGUCACCGAAUCGUAAAGAAGCUGGUGUAGUACCGACGGGAUCUUACGACAUGAUCGCACUACCAUCAGUUCCACCCUCUCCUGGUUUUCAGAGAAACUCUCCUCGACUAAAAAGUUUUGGUAAAAAAGAUCACCGCUCUCGAGGUGAUCAAGACGUGGAACCUGACAAGGUGCUGGUGGAACCAGUUUUAUCUGUCAAAGGAGUCAAAGCUCAAAAAGGAUCAGUUAAAAUGGCAGCUGAUCCAGGCCUGCAGUAUGUGGAGGUUGCGGUUGACAAACCUCCCUCGUCUCCUCCUCAGGCCUUUAUAGCGGGUAACAAAUUGAACAACAAAACGAAUUACGCUGAGGUUCGUUUACCAUCAUCAAAUGGAUUAGUGGAAGAAGUCAAUGAAAGCGAUGAGGCGCCACAGCUACCAGAUAAAGAAAAUAAAACAGCAAUUACCGCAAACGAGAUGGAAGAUAUCUGGGUUCGAAACACGUCUACUCCCCCGCCUUCUUUGCCACCUAAAAUAAGGGAACUUGCAAAAGGCGCAGCUCCUAUUGCUGCACGUGAUUCGAUCGAGCCAGGUGCUAAAUCAGGAAGGCCUCCUGCGUCUCUGCCACUUCCCGCGGGACAAUCACGUGCAGAGGGUCCGCAUCAUGCGAGCGGUACGGGUCUUGAUACUGGUCAGCCUGCGCGGCGGGUCGCAACUCCCGAAUUGUCGCGGAAAGGAUACGAGGACAUGAGUUUAACUCUAGCGUCUGGGGGUCGAGCGACACCACCUAGUGAAGACAUAUGGAAACUUCAACCCCAUGAUAUAAGAGAACAUCCUCCAAAGCAAGGGCUUGCUUACGAGAACGUGCAACUGACGCACAGAGCGAAGCCGCCUUGUGAUAUGCAAAGCAUGUUGAUCUGUGAUGUCGACCAACCAGUGGGAGUAGGUGUGGGGGCGGACGGUUAUGUAGUUGUUAAUGGACCUUCUUCGCAAACAACAAAUUCCAAAGGCUACGAAAAUGUUGCGUCAAAUGCGCCCAAACCAGUUGGACCCGAGUACGCGAACAUUUCGAAUAAAGUAGCUUACCUGGCUAUGACGGGCGGUAUGUCUGCUGACUCGACAUCAACCAGAACAAGUAAACAGGCUCCAGAUGACGACAAUGAAGACUCAGACAAUGACGAGGGUAAAGAUGGAAUGGAUUAUGAGCUGAUGAACAGCCGCCCUGUUCCAGUGAACCAUCAGUACGUUAAUAUCGACCGACAGGGAGACGUAGGCAGUCCCGCGGAAGCUACGGGUCAUCUCCAACUCAAGAUGCGAGACUAUAACGCGUUAUUUGACUGGCUAGAGAAGUUUAAAUUAACGAUCUACAUCGAUAAUUUUGUAAAAGGUGGAUUCGAUAUGACAAGUGUUCAUGGAAUCACAGCGGAGGAUUUGACGGCCAUAAAUGUGAAUAAAACUGGGCACAGGAAAAGAAUUAUGUCGGAGUCCGCAAAACUAGAGGAGACAACGGUGUUCCCGAAGGAAAAACCGGAGGAUAUUAUGACGUGGCUACGUCUGAUUGGUUUAGAGCAGUACAUACCUGAGUUCAUGGACGGCGGUUUCGACGACAUGGAUUUUCUUCAGGACAUGACGGUAGAGGACCUUGUGGCCAUCGGAGUCAAGAGACCAGGCCAUCAGAGGAAGAUUUGGAUGGCUGUUAACGCUCUGAAACAUGGAGAUGAAAAUGAAAACAUGCUGGAAAGCGUAGAAGAGGAAUUAAGACCGCAGGAUAGAAAAGGUUAUUUAGAGACCUGUUUAGAUGGAGAGGACUCGGGCGUGUCAACAGAUGACGUGGAGGCGUCUGAAAUGAGUACAGAGGAAAACCCAGGGAAUUCUUCUCCUUCUUCUCUUGCAACUAGAGAAAAUACUAUCGAGGAACCGUUUGUGAAGGAUUCUUUGUCAGCAGAGUCUGAAAUUCCUGCAAUAUCAGCAGUACAGCCUGUGGUAAAGGAGGAAAAAGAAAUUGUUGAUGCAGAACGAGAUCAACAAAGAACUCCUGUUCCGGACGAACCUUGUUCUAAUGCCGAUUUGUCACAAUUGAAAGGAAAGGACAGCGUGGAAAACGAAGUGGACUCAUUGAGUUUACAUGUACAAAAUGUAAUUUCAUUUCCUGACAGUGACGAUGACGAGCCACCUCCCCGUCCUCCCCCUCCAAUGGAGGACAUUGACUUGUGUCUACCUACCGCUGAUCUGAAUCAACAUGAAUUUGAAUUAAAUGGCCCUAGUAGGUCCGUUAAAGACUUGGUGUCUAAAGGGAAUAGUAGAGCACGUUCCUUUCCGUUAGACCCCAUUUUCCAGAGACCCAAGAAACCUGCGCCACCUCCUGUCAAACCUAAAAUUGCGAAGAAGCCGCCGCCUCCGAAAGUGCUACCCAAACCUCGAAAGGCUGCAUCCUUCACGGCAGGAUAUGGGGACAAGAGCUCGGGCGAGGAAAGCAUGGGAGACAGAUCACCAACAAAACCCACAUCACCUGAGCCCCAAGUGGCUGAAUUCAAGUAAUUCAUCAUACGCUUGGACAACAGCCUCGCUUUUAUGGACACAGGACUUAAUCUCAGCGAAAGGCCCUAUUCCAGAUUAGCUGACACUUAUUUCGGUCUUAAUGACUGUUUUCUUACUAGCGACAGAGUCUUACUAAGGGUCACAAGAACGUUAACAUCUAAGUUAAAAUAAAAACUUGUAGCCUAAGGGAAGUAGUAUGGCCGACCAAAUAGGAGUUGGAAAACUCUCACUUUUCAAUUUUCUUUUUACUGAUUCUGCCCAUGAAUCCAGGGCUUAAGAUCUUUUAUGACCUGAAUAGUAAAGUCGCAACCGCAAACAGAAAAGAAAUCCAAUCAGUGUGCCAUUAAUUUGAUUUUCACAAGAUCAGGGAGUCCUGAGCAGCAUCGGUUUAUUUUGCCUUCGAUGAAAUCGGUUUGAUUUUCACUUUAAGCAUGCUAAUCCUCUGCGACCCCACGUCAUAAAAGGUCAACUCUGAGGUUUGAUUCUCCUUAUAUGAGGUCAAUCAAUGGUCGACCACUUUGAACAUCAGUAAUUCUGCGAUAUUAUCUUUUUGUCCAUGCAUAGAUAAUACCUCGUCUCUUAUCCGUGGAAUUCUUGUAUUUUGCCUUUUUUGACCAUGAAUUACCUAACCAUGUUUCUCUACAUGUUUUCAGUGAUAAACUUUUUAAAACCUAAAAAAUUUUGUUAAAAAAAUUAUAUAAAGAAACUAAGAAAUAACAAUCGAUUAGAAUAACAAAAGAACAAACGAAGUUUCUCUUCGUGCUAUUUGCAAUGGCAAAAAUGAUACAAGUUUUUGAAGCAGAGUUGAAAAUGAAAUUUUUAUUGAAUUGCGAAUGGCUCCAGUGAAAAAAUUCUCGUGCGCUGGUGAUGCAAUUGAUGUCAAUUAAAUUAAUUUAUUGAAUUUUUGUAAUAGAAUCAGUAAUACUUCUAUCAAUUUUUGAAGGACCUGAAGUCCCGUCUUGUUAUCAUAAAUAGUUUUGAAUAAAAGUAUUUGAAUGUUGAAUAUGUGAGCUCAAGAACUUUGAAUAUAUUGUCUUUAUAAUUUGAAGAAUGUCAAUUUUCAUGUCCAAACUUCGAGCAGAGCUCUGCUUUGAAGGAUUUCAAAAUAAAGGUACUUCACACAGUUUGUGGUAUUCUGUAAGCUCGAAUUCUUUUGACGCAAAAGGAAAACAGGAAAAAAAGUGUAAGACAACUACUAAGUUCAAGAAUUAAAUUAAUUUGUUGUAAAGUACGGUAACACCUAGAAACUGACGCCAAAAUCAUCUUAGAAAAGUCACGUUACCAGUUUUACCACAUCCUGUCACAUGACCAUUCAAGUCACGUGUAUAGUUACUGUCAAUCA